CUGGUUCACUACUCGAAGAAAGUCAAAUGGUGGGCCAGACCACGUAUGUGCAGCCCGCAGAUGUCCCGUUAGGACAACUGGAUUCCGAAGAGGAUUUAAUGUGUCCUCGGGAUUCGAUACCUGCAUAUCGGAUCUACGAUAAUGGCUCAGGGCAGUGGUCUUCGGGAAUCUGUGCUUGUUUUGAUGAUAUGCAGAGCUGUUACGUUGGACUAUUUUGCCCAUGCUAUCUUUUCGGGAAAAAUGCCGAGUUUUUGGGGUCCGGAAAUUUAAUGGGACCCUGUUCGAUGCAUUUCGUUAUGUGGGCCGUUGUUAAUACUUUUUGCUGCGUGUUGACCGACGGCUUUAUGUUGGGUAUGCCUGGUUGCUUCGUCGCAUGCUAUGCUUGUGGCUACCGAAGGGCAUUAAGGUCAAAAUACAAUCUGCAGGAAGCACCGUGUGGAGAUUUCGUCACACAUUUCUUCUGCCAUUUAUGUGCCGUAUGUCAAGAAUAUAGAGAAAUUCGUGAAAGGUCUCGAGACUCGAAUUUUACGAGCCUUGAUUUGGUGGAAGUGACGCCCCCUACUGUUCAGACAAUGGAAUCGCCUUCUGCUAAAUAAACCUCCGUAUUUUUCCCACGAAACUAUUCACCUUGUAUUGUAUGCUACGAUGCUCUGUUCUAAUACGCGACGUCCGAUUUAUUUUGAUUUUGUACCGUCUUCGAUUAUUACCAAUCUUUUUGUUAUCCAGUUGCUGCCAUUUGUGUGGAAGAGUAUAUAUUCUGUGAUGCUAUUCUCACUUGAGAGUGGUGGGUUGAGCUUUCAGAAUAUUUUUUGUGUUAUAAUUUCGACGCUUCGUUUUUUGAUUUA